AUGGAGGCCUCUAUUGCGCAUCGCCCCUGGGAGGAUGUCAAGCCGAGUCUGCACACGGCUCCGGUUGUGACCUCGUCGCAGACUCUGCCUUCAAUCUCUACAUUGACAGCCAGCAUGAAUGGAGGUGUGGCACCCGCCGAGAAAUCACCAGCAAGCUCUAUGAACACUCUUGAGCGGGACUCUGGCAACUGGUCUAUGCCUCAGAGCACAAGGUCUUCAACGUACUCACAAACAACAAAUGGAACAGGCACCUACCAUUCGAUUUCUUUCCUCAACUCGUCACAACAAUCUCCCAGCCGACUUUCUGGCAUUUGCGACCGAUCACCGCUCGCCCAAGACUCAUCCAACUCCCCUUCGCCCCCCGGCGCCAAUCCUCAGUUCGCGACAACACAAGCACCAUCUUCUACUCUACCAUCAAUCAAUCAGAAUUUCGACACAUCAUCGCACCGAAACAGCAUCAUUGAGUUGCCAGAAUCCCGACGAAGCAGCGUCGAUAGCCGCAUGAAUCAAGGGAUCAGUGCACUUGCCAUUAACCCGACAUCGCCAUACCACAGCACCAACGCAUCGCAAUCAUCGAUAGUAUCGGGCUUACAGCGAGAGCGCGGCAUUUCGAAUGAUUACACAAAUGCCAAUGGCAUGCGAGGACCGCGAUACGGUGCUCAACCGCUGUCGCCAUUAGGACCCCGUGCAGGUGAUCAGCGAUUUCCUCCUGGACGUACCGCGCCCGCUAUCUCGUCAAACCCGCGAUCUGAAAUUUACAAUGCCGAGGCCCCUACAGCGGGUAUGGCGUACGCCUUUCCGGAUCCCGAUGUUGCGCGUUCGAGUUCCAGCAUUGCCUCGCAAGAGCACUCGUUGACGCCGCAGGGUUCAUUCUCACGUAAGGGGAGUGUGGCGGAAUCGCUCAACAGCAGUGUGUUUUCUGUCGAUGGUCGACUACCCCGCGGGCAGCAAGAGUUGCCCCAGAACGUGCAUCAUCACUCACUGCAGCACAAGCAAGUCCGUGGACUUAUGGGAGAGUCAGAAUCUCCUAACAAUGCUACCCCGUAUAGCCGUACUCCCGAGCUGCGGGUCACGCAUAAGCUGGCAGAACGCAAGCGACGAAGCGAAAUGAAAGACUGCUUUGAGAUGCUACGCAUGCGACUGCCUCAGAGCCAGAACAACAAGUCCAGCAAAUGGGAGACUUUAACAAGAGCUAUCGAGUAUAUAUCGUCCCUUGAAAAACAAGUGUCGACUUCACGACGGGAGAAUAGCGAUCUACAACGAGAAGUACAAGAACUACGGGCGCAGUUGAACUCGCAACAAGUCAACGGCCAAUCCCGACAACAGAACAUGUUUGACCCUCACUCAAUGGCCUCGUCGUCGAACGGCUCGCCGACUACGUCGUACCCCACGUAUGCAUCCGGGAUGGCGGUCGAGCAGCCUCGGACUCUCCCGCCGCUCAUAAAUGGCUCAGUAGCAGCCAUGCAAGGGGUCCAAUAUACCGAAGAACGUCGGUAA